AUGGCCUGUCAAGUAUGCCGCAAACGAAGGAUCAAAUGUUCAGGCGUUGUGCCCUGCCAAUAUUGCGUUGCUAACAAGAGACAAUGUUGGAUCGAUAAAUCAGGCCGCGGCCGACGAGGGCCUCGCCCCCAGGCGCCAGGCGGCAAUAAAUCAGCUGCCAAGACGCCGCCACCAUUAGGGUCCACGGUCAUCAGGCCCAGCUCUGUCACUUUGGUGGCCGAUGCGUCAACCCAUGCUGAAUCGAUCCGAGACCAAGACGGCGACGACGACGAGUCUGGGGAUGAACCUGACACUCCGCCGGUACCGCUGUGUCAAUCCGACAUCGAACGCGUCUUGUUUGAAGGCAAGUCGGCAAGUAAUCCCUCGGAUAAGACUUAUCUAGGCCUUGUCUGCCACCUACUAGAACUACACUGCAGGCGAACAGGCGUGUUUCUAGCUAGGGUAUUGUCCACGGAAGAAUUCGUGCGAGGAUUGAACUCGGGAGUUUGCCCUCGACACCUGAUUUUGGCCAUUUGCGCUUGCAACGUCAGGUUUUCGGUCCACAUUUUGACACGACCAAGUGACAGCAGCAAUCUCGCGUCUUAUUUCGAACAGCAAGCAAGACAUGGACUAGACAGUCCUCUGGUGAAUGGUUUCGGAAUAGCCGACAUAUAUACGUACUGCUUUCUGGUAGAGUGUGCUAUCAAUUCGGGGGCCGGGGGCAGAGCCUGGCCGGACAUCGCACUGGCUGAAAGCCUUAUCCAACUAAAAAGUGCCGGCCAAGCACCUGAUACUGAUGCACAGCAUCGCCAGGGCCUGACGGCUGCUUCUCAGUACCUCGCCGUCGCGAGAGCAAUCAUGUGCAUUGGGAACCCUGAUCUACACUCGAUGCAGCAAAAAACUGUCCACAGCAGCCUACCAACUCGUAUGCCUGGUACACCUGCUUUGAAGAGACUUUGGAUCCUCCUGCAGAUCCAAGAACUAUGUGGCAAGCCUUUUGCACAGCAUGAACCCCGACCUUGGGAUGAAAACUCCGAGUUCCGAUGCGUUCAAGAAGAACUUGAUGGGUACUUGAUAAGGUGGCCUGGGACCUUUGUGACUAAGCCCUCGACCGACGGCACGCCAGAUGCCUGUCCCAAUGACGCGGAAACGUCUGUAGCUCUGUUGGUCAGCCAUUGCAGCGUCAUCUUGCUGAACCGCACAUUCCUGCCGAUACCUAGGAAGACGAUUGGGUGUUCGGGAGUGGAAACUGAUAUCCACUGGGUCAGUUUCCCUUCAGCUCCAGACCUAUUCAUCAAGGAGCGGAUCAGUCGAUGCGAAGCCAGCGUGGCCGCUAUCUGCCUUAUUUGUAAAGACAUGAUUGCAAAUGGCGAGAUUUUUGCACAAUCAUUCUGGAUAGGCUUUUCAUGUGCCCUAUGUGCACUAGUCGUCAUCAAUCGUUUGCAUGCAAGUUCUACCCCGAGACACAAAUUAGUUGAAAACCUCAAGUUCACUCUCACCACCAUCGUGUCGCUAAGGCAGUUCCUGAGGCCAGCCAAUGACUGGGCUUACAUGCUUUUUCGCAUUUACGAUGCUGCUACUUGUCCAGCUCAGGAAGACUCUCCUGCAAAGAAUUCUUUCCUGACCUAUUUCAGCCGCUAUCCAGGCAUCCAAGAUGUGAUCAGGGUCCCUUUAUCCUGGAAAUCCUCGCCUGUCCCAUCACCAUGGCAGAAGGGCACCACCCCUCGCGGCCCCACACGAUUGGAGACCCCUAUGAUGCAACAUGAAAAUACAUGUCAGGAAGCUUCUUGGAUUGAAGUCUACACGGAGCAGCUAGACCAGCCGCAACCAGCCAACACGAAAGAUGCUGCUGAAAGCGCCGAAACACCGACAGCCUGUGCUUCAGUACAGCCUGUGCCGAAUGAUGGAUCCAGUGUUAAUAUCUCGGAGAUGCUAGAUUUGAUCUUUGAGAACAAUGGGGCACAGGCACCAGGACUCUCAAGGACACCCACGGCAACUGGAGUUUGGCCUGGUCCCCCUGUCGAUGUAAACAUGGACUUUCAGAGUAUCCAGAGCCUUUUGAGUGUAUUUCCGACUGAUUGGCUUGAUUUGGAAGACAGCAUAGAGUUAGAGGACGGCCCCCUCGGCAUCGUCAUGAUAAUUCCGCAUCUUGGCUCGGAAUCUAUUGAAGAGAGGUCACGUGUUGCCCAAAAGCUAGCCGAUUCUCUUAUCUACAUUGGAAAGCUUCCCCGCACCUUCGCCUUCCUCAAGUCAUGUUCCGAACCCAUAACAAAGCGUCAAAUAAGAUGCGAUGGGGGCCUGCCACGCUGCGAUACUUGCGCCAAGCAUCGUGUCCGGUGCCGUGGGUUCGGAAUCCAGAUUCGAUUGCCAGAUGAUGUUGCAUCUAGAUCAGGGUCACGGAAAGGCAAGAAGCGACUGAACGAGCGCAGCGCGGGCUCGUCACCUCGGCCACCGAUCGACGCACACGUGCAGUCGCUUUCGGCAUGGAUGCCCUGGCCUGGCCUGACCCGAAAGGACAGCUUCUUCAUGCAGCACUUCUUGCAAAACAUCUCCAAGAUCGCACUGGCGGUUGACUACGAUGGAAACGGAUAUCGCCAAUUACUACCGCUAGCUAUGGAAGAGCCAGCGCUAGCGAAUGGAAUCCUAGCAGUCGCCUCUUCUCACCACAAUCGUUGGCAGGGCGUGCAAGACACAGAUUCCGGGGCAUAUCUCAGGGCCAGCACAGCGGCUCUGUCACAAAGAUUCAGACAGCCACCCCUCAUCGGCACUCCAACUACUUUGGCUACCAUGUUAAUCUUGGUCUCUUUCGAGGUGUUUUCCGGCUCAAAUCGCUGGCAGACCCAUUACAACGCCAUCCGCGGUUGGGUCAAGUCUCGAGGCCAAGACUGCGAUGUGAGCCCAUUCCUCAAGGCGUGGGUCUGCUUGCUGGACACACAGUACAGCCUCAACUCUGGUCAACCUGGCAUAUCAGGGCUUGAAGCUUGGCUGGACACACAGCCGGACCCGGGGCAGGCUGAAGACACCAUCGACGUUCUGUUCGGUUGCUCCACCCAACUACCACGCCUAAUGCGUGCUGCAUCUGAGCUCGAAUUAUCGCGCUCCACCGGCAAGCUUCCACAGCAGGAGGUGCUGGCCAGCGCCGAGGCUCUGCAAGCCGCGAUCCGCCAGACGCAAAUACCAGAAGGAUCCGAACCAUCAUUAGGAGUUGUGUGCCAGCAGAGUCGCUGUCAGUUCACUACCUUGCUGUCGAUGGAUAAGGCAGAACUAUGUCGACGGAUGGUAGCCACAGCCGAGAUCUUCCGUCACUGCCUUCAUCUCUUCGUGUUUCGUGUAAGCCAUGGCCCCAGUAUUCCCCUAAGCGACGAGAUGCAGGAUUCGCUCCGGGUGGCUCUUGAUUUGCUCCCCAUUGUGCCUGAUGCGUUGGGCCCCGGUGCAAACCUCGGUUGGUGCCUUGUCAUUAUCGGUUCCGAGCUGGAUCUUGUCGAGGAACGUAGCUACAUCCGGUCACGAUGGGCCGCCCUGGAGAUUUUGGGAAUACACAACUGCUACAACGGCAAACGAGGGCUGGAGGCAGUGUGGGCUCAUCGUGAUGGAUCGCAGGGGUUGGCUACGGGGGCUCGGCGCUGGCAGGACGUCAUGCAGGAUCGAGGAGAGACGCAAAUUUUGAUAUAG